AUGAAUCGAACAUCUCUUCAAGUCUCAUGGAGCAAGUCUGGGAAUAUGGUCUAUGGUUACACACAUCUAAUUGGAGAAGAUCAAACCCUUGGUCUUAAGCGGAACAGAACGAGCGUGAAUGACAGUGCGACCUUCGAUCUGGAGAUAAAUAGCGGCGGCUUCAUUUUUGGCGGAGAGCACUCCAAUCCUUCGACGGCGGCCGUCUGCGUAUCGAGGGAAAAUCCCAUUGGCGAACCCAAAGCAUGGACUAUAAAGGAUGGAAAGCACAGGGACAAACACUUGCUCGUCUUCAGCCUGCUCCGACAAACCUCUUCUCUCAUCUACAAGGGCCCUUUUCUCACAAAGGAUCAUCCGAACGGACCGCAUUGUGAACUCUUCAUUCGAUUUCUUUCUAAUAAUUUCGUUUUUCAUAGGAUACAAACGACUACAGCCUGUUGAUUGUCGACAACCUUGGAACAACAACGCCCCCGACUACGACUGCAACGACCACAGCAGCGGGAACAUCAGAUCCGCCUGAAACGACAAAAGAUCCCUCUGGUUCUUCAUCGACAACUCCGCCUGUGACCACCAACAGCUUCUCUUCCAUCAGAACGACCACUCGAACAACGACAAAGUGCUCGGAACAAAAGGAGUGUGGCGGAGGUCUCCUUGCAAUUGGCACUGCUGCUGCUGGCCUCUUUGUGGGGAUCAUCAU